UCAGAGCUAACUUCUGACGUCAUCCAAAAGGUGACCAAUCAUAUGCAGGUCUUUAACUCAUCAUCUAUUUGCAUAAGCGGUUCUAUAUAAAAUGGACCUGUCGGGCUCUGCUUGUGCCACUUUGUCCUUGUUACUGUAGUAGGUAGUUUGCGUUUUCCACUAUGCCUGAACUCGCAAAGUCCGCUCCGGCACCCAAGAAGGGCUCCAAGAAGGCGGUGACUAAAGCGCAAAAGAAAGAUGGCAAGAAGCGCAAGCGCAGCCGCAAGGAGAGCUACUCUGUGUACGUGUACAAGGUACUCAAGCAGGUCCACCCGGACACCGGCAUCUCGUCCAAAGCCAUGGGCAUUAUGAACUCAUUCGUCAACGACAUCUUCGAGCGCAUCGCGGGCGAGGCGUCGCGCCUGGCUCAUUACAACAAGCGCUCGACCAUCACCUCCAGGGAGAUCCAGACAGCCGUGCGCCUGCUGCUCCCCGGAGAACUGGCCAAGCAUGCGGUGUCUGAGGGCACCAAGGCAGUCACCAAGUACACCAGCGCCAAGUAAAUUUGCCAAGAACUUUACAUCUAAAGGGGCUCGGCCAUCAGUUCUGAUAACCAUAAGGUUAGAAGCAAAUUCAAAUACUUCGGAUCACCAGUUGGACAAAGGAUUGAACUCUUCCCGGGUGCCGACGUUAGCGGGCAAUUUGAAUUUGCCCAGAGAAUGCCCGCCCUCCCUCUUCGCUUCCUGAUUGGUU